AUAGAUACUGACCAGACUAAUGAAAUAGAGGUAGACACUAAGCAGACCAAUGAAAUAGAGGUAGACAUUGACAAUUCGGAAACAAAUAAAAUAGAGGUAGACACUUCGGAAACAAAUGAGAACGUUCAGGUUGAUAUGAAUAAUCCAGAGGAAAUUAUAUAG